UCACCAACCUGGCAUCACCGCUUCAAGCCAUGGAAAGAUGGCGACUUUUCCGGAAAUAGCCAGGGACACGUCCCUCGACAUUCGUGUAGAGGACUUUCUCGACGACAAACUCCAGUCCACGGCCGACCUCGAGACCUUAGACGAGCUGAUCGCUAGCGUCGACUCGCAAUGCAGCCAGCUCCGAUCGCAGCUUGAAGAUGCCGCCAAGGAGCUCGAGGAGGCGCGCAACACGGCGCAAAGCCGCCACGGAUCGCUGCAGGCACGCAUUGAAGAAUUCAAGAAGCUUCAGGACAGCAUCGACGUGCGCGUCAAGAUCGCUGCCGCGUCAGACGCCCCUAGCGAAGCCAUCGCCCGCCUCCAGAACCCCAUGAAGAAGCUCCAGGCCGUCGAGCUCGCCCAGAAAUACUUGGUCCUGCUGCAAGAUGUGGAGAAGCUGCGCGCAGAGGCGCGGGCGCGUCUGCCAGGAGACCCUAAGGCGGCCCUGGGCCCGUACUCUCAGCUCAAGGAGGUUGCUUUGCGGCUCCGGUCCGCCCAGGAUGGCGAGCAGCUGUACCUCGUGGACCACGUCGAGAGCGUCACCGAGUCGCUGUGGAACGAGAUGAAGAAGACCAUGUCGGAGGAGCUGGAGGCUGUUCUCGUCAAGCGAUACUGGCCGCGGGUCGACCCAGACUCGGAGAUGGACGACGAAUGGUUGGCCUGCAUCGAGAAGCUCCUCGACCUGCAGAUGCCCGAGAUUGUGCACAGCGCCGAUGUCGUGUCACUUUUGCCCUUUGACGUCAUGGCACACAUGUUUGUGGCCGAGUUCCGCUUCCACUUCCUGAGCGACAAGCCCACGAGCAGCCUCCAGUCGGUGUCGACGCACUGCUUUCCCUGGUUCCUGACGACCAUCGAGAAAUGGGAGGACUUCUUCCGCGACAAUCUAGGUCACCUGCUUGCAGCCAAGCUUCAAAACACGGCUGCCGCCUCGAGGCCGGUCUAUCUGGACCCUGUCUGCGCACUGGUGACGGCUAUGCUGCCGGCCAUGCGGGAAAAGGUGCGCAGCGUCGUGGAGGAGGCGAUCAAAAGUCCGCCAUUCUUCAGCAGCUUCAUGUCGCAACUCAUGACCUUUGACGAAAACGUCCGGUCGCGCUUCAACUACGACGGAGGCGAUCCGGAGAACGGCUGGCCCGGCUUGGCGGCUGAAGUCUUGGCCGAACACUUUGACACCUGGUUCAAGAUGGAGCGCGACUUCGCCAUGGAGCGCUUUGAAAAGUUGCUCGAGUCGCAGGACGCACGAAAGAUUGACUACGACUAUGCCGUCGACGGGAAGAUGAAGCCGACAUUUGCCGCCGUUCACGUCACGGAUUUGCUCAGGGUAGUGACAACCAAGUACGAGCGACUCCGAAAGCUUAGGCAUAAGCUGCGAUUCCUCACGGACAUCCAGCUCGACAUCCUCGACGGUUAUCACGACCGGCUGCGCGGGUCCCUCGAGGCCUACCAGUCCAUCACGUCGACGCUGGGGCGGACGCUGCAUGGGGCGACGAGGGAGCAGCUCACGGCCCUGGAGGGCACGGGCGCCCUGGAGACGCUAUGCAAGGUGAUCGGAAGUGCAGAUCAUGUUGCAAAUACCCUGAGCGAAUGGGGCGACGAAGAGGUACGUCGCACCGUGGCUCUUGAGCGUGCGACCGGCCAGCUAGCUAAUCGAGUGCAGUUUUUCGCCACGUUGUGGGAGGAGUUGCAGGCCCGCGACACGAAACGAAAGCGGCUAAGCGGGAUGAGCGAGGCGUCGGAACACGACGGCGCCCUGAAUCGCGUGUCCAGCAACCUCGGACCUGGGAGCGAGGACAGCGGCAUAUUCGAUGAAACGGUUGCGGCAUACACCAUGCGCCGAAAGAGCGCAGAGCAACUGCUCGUCGGCGCCUUGGCCGAGUCCCACGUAAAGGCCUUGCGGUCAUACCUGCAUCAGGUCCAGUGGACGACGGUCGGGGAGACGGCCGUGCUUGAUGAUCCAUCGCACCUGUCCAUCACACCGGAGCUCGACGAGCCCUUGCGCAUUCUCAAGCGCAACUUGGAUUUCUUGUCCCGAGCGCUGUCUACGGCGUCGUUUCGACGCGUGUGGUAUGACGCCCUUGACAAGCUGCAGGACACGCUCUGGGGCGGCGUUCUGUUCAAACAGUCCUUCACGACGCUUGGUGCGGCGCAGUUUGCGCACGACGGGACCGCCAUUUUCGCACUCGUGGAUCAGUACAUCCCUGGUGGUUCGACGGCGCUGGAGGCGCUGCGCGAAGGCAUGCGACUGCUCAACCUGCCCACGUCGGCGGACCCCACCGCGGACGGAGGCGUCGCGCCGGGCGUCGCCAUCACGCUCAAGGACGCCAGCGACCGCGCCUUCACCGACAACGACGCGGCGCGCAAGGUGCUGGAGGAGCUUGGACUCGGGGCGCUGACGCCACUCAACGCGCGGCAUAUCCUGCAGCGGCGCGUUGAGAACAAUGAGAACAUUGGGUGGUAGAGAAACACGGCUGCUUUUCCUUUUGUAUAUACAGUCCCGAAGAGGCGGCGUAUGUGCCAGGGUAAGCCAACGAAAUACGAUGUCUACAACAUAUGCCCCCAAAUUCACUGUUGAAG